AUGGACGAGCGUGAUCAGGAUGCAAAGAAAGACGCGCAGGUGAAGAUCUGGGACUGGGAUUCGCGGGAAUUGGAGACGUUGAAGAGCCAUACGAAGGCGGUCCCGGAUUGUCAGUUUGAUUCGACGUUUGGACAAUACGGCCACACGAAUACUGGAUCUGCUCUGCCAUUCCAAUUUCCCGGUCCGGACGGUCGGCUUCUCUUAACAUGCUCAGACGACCACCCUUCCACCAUCCAGUCCGCGAAAGUGGACUCCCUUCCCAGCAAAUCAAGCCGAUACUCCCUCUUCAUCACCAUCAAGCUUCACUCUGCGCAGUGCAUUGUGGCCCAGCGUUGA